GCGUCUGGUGACUUGAUCGCGUCACCAUGGCUUGUCUCCUCGCAGGGUGUCUGGUAAGUAUACUGCUGCUGCUGUCCGCAACAGUAAUCCACGGCUUUCCCCAGCAAACACCUCCACCUAUAACCACACCAGGCGCCAGUACCACAAUGACUGCCGACCAUCCACCAGUCCCAACCUAUUCACUCCCACCCCUCCCACCUCAGUUUUCCGACAUUCCUCCCGAAGCCUUGAGUUGCUGGAAUUCGUACUUCGCCUCCAUCAAGCUUCGCAACUGGCUCUGGACCGAAUACUCCAAAUCCAGUACUCGAAUCGACACUACCUUCUCGCCCCCCAGCAGCGGCAUCUCCUACUACACCUACACCACCACGACCAACUGCACCACCUCCUUUAUCAGCCCCACGACCCUCUGCGACGGCGUCCCCCGCGCCUCCGACAAAACCAUCCACGGCUGCCGCACCGCAAAAGCCACAGGCGAAGUCAGCUACAUCUGGAGCGUCAGCGCCAUCACGCAGAUCACGCCCACCUGGACCAGCGACGUCGAGCUCCCCGCGCCAACAUGCGGCUCCUCGCUGAACCUCCAACCCGAGUGUUCCCGCCUCUUCUCAGCUUGGAGCUGGUACCUCACCAGCAUGAAAACGGCCACCCCGCCCGUCCCGACCGACGAAUCCCGCUCCUUCGAAUGGGCCGCCGUACCCCCUUGCUCCAUUCUCUCCCGAGCCUCCAAACGCCUCUGUAAACUGCGUCUGGCGGGUGGAUCUAAAGGCGAAUCCGGCGGCUACGAAGUCCACUACUGGCGCACGCCCACACCAACCGGGACCCAGUUCUGCGACCCCAGUUGGACGCCGCCACCCGCGCAAUCCCCUUCUGUGCCGGGAAAACCGGACACGGCGCUGGUAUCGGGACUCACGCUCACGAGUCCGAGCAUCUACCACUUCUUCCGCUCCGUGGUGCUCGAGACGCUCGUGGGCAACGCCCGGCAGCCCGGUGGACUGGGCGGCUACGCCGAUGAUAUCUGGGAGGCGAGCACCACGGUCACUGAACGCGUCUUGACGGUUGCGCAGCGCGAAGCGGAGAUCUUGAGCGUGAGUAAGCAGUGCAGGGGUAUCGAGAUGGAUUAUUGCAGCGUGUCUUUCUUCCCGUCUUCGUUCCUUAUCAGGGAUGUUUACACGGCGAGGAAGACGGCGUAUGAGAACAAUUGCGGGUGGAAUUGUCUGAGUAGCACGAGGUGGGAUGGGGACGGUGGGGUGCUGGUUCAGGAGAGCUUUAGGCCCAGUUUGGCGGUCCCUGUGAGUGAAUUGUUGAGGCAGAAUAGUGGGGUACUAGGGGAUUGUGAUGAGUGGGUUAGUUGGGAGAGUGGGGAUGAGGGCGGAUGGAGGAGUCGGAGUAGUAGUGCGUUUGCGGCUUUGAGGGUGGGGGAGGUGCCGAGGACGGCGUUUGUGGAGAUUCAGACGGCGGCGGUAGCGCCGGAGGGCUUGGGAAAGGGUGCUGGGAAGAGGCGAGAUGGUGGGAGAGAAGUGGAUGGAAUGGGGAGAGCGGCGCCGGGGAUGGGUGUCAGAGAGGAUGAGGCGGUGGCCGCGCCUACAGCGGUGAGUUAG